CCUCCCCUCCCGCCCGCUGGCGCGGCAGGAGGCAGCUCGCAGCCCGGCGCUGGCCCCGGAGUCCCCGCUCCUGCUUAAUAUUCCGCCCGCUCCGCCGAUGUUGUGCUUGGCUCCGGUGGGACCGCAACUCACGGCGUGAAACCGGAGCCAAUUUUCUGUCUUAGUCUCGCAGUGUUUUGACUGGAGGCAGAUCCAGUUCAGUCCGAUCGGGGCUAGUGGAAACAACUACCUAAGUCUUCGCCUGUCUGUGUCGUUUGGGAGGGAAGAAAGAAGAAAGGAACGCGAUCCCGGACUGCUGGGCGCGCUCUCUCUCUCUCUCUCACACACACACACACACACACUGACACGCACCGCAGACACACGCACCCAGACAGGCAGACUCGCACCCCGCCGGUGCCGAGCGCGCCGUGCCACCGCCGCCGGGAGGAAAUGGGAAGCCAGUGAGCGAGCGGAUCCGUGCCGGUGCCGGCGCCCGCGAUGACCCUGGUGCUGCCCAUGCAGCGGCUGGGCCGCCCCAUCGCCGCCGAGGGAGCCGCCGACCUCGCCGCCUACCGCGCCCUCUGGGAGCCGCCCUGCUGCGGCCGCCCCGGCCCCGCCGCCCCGCCGGCCCCGGCCCCGACCCCGCCGGCCCCCGGGCCCCCCGCCGCAGGAUCACAUUACAGGGGAAUUUCAAAUCCUGUAACGACAUCCAAGAUCACAUACUUUAAAAGGAAAUAUGUGGAAGAAGAGGAUUUUCAUCCGCCGCUCGGCAGCUGUACGCAUAAAACAAUCUCCGUGUUUGAGGAGCGGGCCCACAUUCUUUACAUGUCUUUGGAAAAGCUGAAAUUCAUUGAUGAUCCUGAAGUCUACCUGCGGAGAUCCGUCCUCAUCAACAAUCUCAUGAAGAGGAUCCACGGAGAGAUCCUCAUGCAGAACAACUGGUGCUUCUCCACCUGCUCAUUCGGUGGCGCCUCUUCACAAGAGUGGUUUGUGCCCCAGGACUGUCCAUACAGAAAACGCCUUCGGAUGGCAAAGGAGGAGUAUGAGAGGCUCCACAUGUGCUGCUUCUAUCAAGAAUGUGGCAGUCACUAUUUAAAUCUACCCUACUCUGUUAAUGCUAGUACAGAAAGUAAUUCCUCUUCCUCCUCCUCCUCCUCUUCUUCCUCCUCCCCUCCCAUUUCUUUGCCAAGCUGUUCCCAGCAGGUGGAUUAUGAAGUUGGCAGUGCACCUUCCUACAGAAGCGAUGACCAGAUACCUGCUAAUGAAAUAUUCGUCACUAAUGGCAGGUCUCACAGUAAUCAGGAAAAGGCAAAAUUUAAUGAUGAGAAAGGAGGUAAUGAACCUGAGAGAGAGAGCAUCACCCUAAACUGUGAACCUGUAAGAGGCACCCAUGCUCUUGAAUGUAAAGGCAAAUUUUAUGACUAUUUUGAGACUGGAUGUAAUGACAAGAGCAACGUAAGUGAAUCCUGGAAAAAAUCCUUAAGGAAAAAGGAAUCUUUACCAAGUAAUAAAAUCUGCUGCAACAAAGGAAGUAAAAUAUGAGGCAUCUUUCUUGCUCUAUUGAAGCAUGCACAGCAUGUUCCUUCUCUAUCAGAUUUUUAUUUUGAACGGAUUUUUUAUAGUUUUCUACGAAUGGUACAAUCAUGCCACAAACAUGACGUGUAGAGCGGAGAGCAGAUUGCGUAAAGUGUCUCUGCCAUCGGCGGCUAUUUAUAAAUGAGGAGACUUCAGAAAGAACACAUUGCAUUACUGCUGAGCACCGUAGUCUGUGCAGCUAUGGUGGAGCUUUCAUUGCUGAAAAUGCCAAUCAGCCAGAUGGGGAAAACAUAUCGUUUUACAUAUCCCCGCCCCCAAGAAGUCUGCCAUUAAUUAAGAAGAACCUCCAUUAUGUUUACCAAGGAAUUAGAAGUCUGGUAAACAAAUUGAUGCUACCAGCAAGGAUGAUAUGCUCCUUGUAACUCAGUAUUCGUUCUGACAAAGGACCAUCUUCAUGGAUUGGGAAUAAACCAUCCUUACGUUUUGUAGUG